AGAACUGCUCUCUAGAAUCAUACAGCUCAUCAAGAAAUUGACAGUUUCUCGACGACAAUAAAAGUUCAAGAUCAUGAGGAUUUCUAGGCCAAUGGAACCACUCACCGGCUAAUACAACGGCAAUAAUUAUUACAAAGAUGUAAAAUGUGCAAGAUGGUAGUCGUUGCAGUGUGAUUGGACGAUGGAUUGCACGCUCGAGCGACGUCUUUUGAAUAACCGGGUAGUUUUAUUUUAUAUUCGGCUUAAUUGUAUAAGCCUACUAUAAAAGAAGAUGUAUUUAACUCGAUAUCGCGCAAGAACUAAACUAACACCCCAAAGGAUUGGGAUUAUUCUUAUCUUACUGUCACUUGUUUGGGGUUUGUACCUCAUGAAAAUACAACUAGAAGAACGGACCUCUCAGCCGGAAUAUCUGAAAGCCCGAAUAAUAGAACUAUCCCGGGAAUACAUUCAAGCACUUGCUCGAGCUAAAAACCUAGACACCACCGAUGGACAAGUUCCUAGACAAUUGUCAGAUGUUAAAACAACAUAUACUGCAUUGUUGCUGGACAAUAUGAUGAAAAGAAUUGACACUUUGGAAAGACAAGUUGAAAGUGUGAUUAUAAACAGCACAUUAGACUUUGAAAAUUUGGAAAAGAAGAUACAGUCAUUAAACAAUUCUCAACAUUAUGCAAACAACAAUAAAACCAGAGGAAAUAAUCAAGAAUGUAUAAUUCCAGAAAAUCCUGAUUACCCUGAAUGUUCUAAAAAAGUAAAGUGGCUUCAGGAACAUUGGAAUACAGACCCUAGAUACACUAAACAUGGUGUCAAUGGUUCGUUAUGUAGCAUUAUCACAUACUUAAGUGAGGUUAAAAGUUGGUGUCCUACAAAAGUAAAAUCAUCUUUGAACUGUAAUAUUCCACAAGAUUCUGCUUUUCCUCAUUGCUUAGAAAAAGUUCAGUGGAUGAAAAAAUUCUGGAAAUCAAACCCAMUAUAUCAAGGAAGAGGUGUUGAUGGUAGCGAUUGUUCAAUUCUUCAUUUCUUGAGUGAGGUUGAAAAUUGGUGUCCUAAGAUACCUGGUAGAAAAUUUAAAACUGACUGUGAAGUUCCCGAAUCUCCAUCUUAUCCAUCUUGCAUGGCCAAAGUAGCUUGGAUGAGGAAUUUCUGGAAAUCUGAUCCAUGUUAUGCUCAGGACUAUGGAGUCAAUGGAACAGUAUGCUCUUUCUUGAUAUAUCUAAGUGAGGUAGAAAACUGGUGUCCUCUUCUUCCUGGCCGCAUAAAACCAACUGACGAUAUUAAACCGGAUAUAAGUCAACCUGCAGAUUUAGAUCGUCAAGAUGUUGAGAAACUGCUUGCCCUACUGAAUGAUAAAAGCCCAAUYAAAUUUGAAUGGAUCAAGAACAGAAUUAGACAGAUGUGGCCCGAUUGGAUAGAUGCAAUGAAUAGACUCAAACGCUCAUACAAUAUAUCUAAGUCUGCUAUUCAGAAAAAGAUUCUGAUUCACAUAGGAGUUUUAGCCAAUGAAAGAACGCUACAUUUUGCAGCAGAUGCGAAAAAAGGAGGCCCUCUUGGGGAGCUCGUCCAAUGGAGUGACUUAAUUGCAACGCUGUAUCUUCUGGGACAUGAUAUUCUAGUCACUGCAGAUGUCUUUCAACUCAAACAGGUAUUGGGCAGGACAGGGAUCAAGAGAAAGGCAUGCCCUACUAGAAUCCCCAAUGAUUUUGAUCUUAUUUAUCUUGACUACUAUGGUAUCAAACAAAUAAUGCUAAGGAUUGGACAAUUAAUGCCAUAUUUUAAAUGCAAAUUUCGUAUACUUGACUCUUUUGGUACAGAAGCACAGUUUAACUAUGCCGGAUUCACAGGGAAAAUACCYGGAGGACGUAUGGGUAUUUGGGGUCGGCAUAACCUUAACCUGCUUCAGUUUAUGACAAUGUUUCCUCACAGUCCAGAUAACUCCUUUCUGGGCUUUGUCGUUGGUAAGACUGUUGUUCCUACUGCUCCAGUAAAGAAAAAGAAACCAAGAGCUCUAGUUUAUGGCAAGCAUCACAAUAUUUGGAGGGAGUUCGGCAAUAGGAAAUUCUUAGACACUAUCAAUAAGUACCUAGAAAUACACGCCACUAUUGGAGGAUUAGCAAAAGAAGACGAAUUAAAAAAGUUAAAGUAUAUCCCUGAGUAUGUAAUAAACCAUGGAGUCAUUUCUCCUUUGGAAGUCCAGAAACUACUUCAGAGUACCAUGGUAUUUGUUGGACUUGGCUUUCCAUAUGAAGGUCCAGCACCACUAGAAGCUAUUGCAAAUGGCUGUUUCUUCCUUAAUCCAAAGUACGAUCCACCAAAAAGCCGUUUAAACACUCAAUUCUUCAGAGAUAAACCUACAUUGCGAAAGUUGACAUCACAGCACCCAUACGCAGAGGAGUUUAUAUCAGAACCUCAUGUAUAUACUGUUAAUAUUGGCAAUACAAGUGCUGUUGAAACUAUAAUGCGGAAAAUCAUGCUCUCAAAGCCAGUUAAGCCGUACCUCCCUUUCGAGUUUACUCACGAAGGAAUGUUGGAAAGAGUUCAUAAAUUUAUCCAGAACCAGGACUUUUGUGGUAAUAAUAAUUGGCCACCAAGGAAUAUUGUCAAACCUACAAUAGGAGAACUAUCAAAAUCAUGUAAAGAAACAUGUCAUGAAAACGGAAUGGUGUGCGAGCCGCAUCUAUUCCAAGAGAUUAAUUCAAAUGAAAAAAUGACAAGGGCUGGAUUUCCUUGCAACACGACUAAAUCAGCGUUCACAUCAUCAUUGGUCGCCCCAGGCUAUCGCACCGAUACUCCACUCUGUUUGAUUCAGGCCCAGUCUCUYCUCUACAGCUGCACCGCGUCUAGUCCUACGACAAAAAGACUGUGCCCUUGCAGAGAGUUUAGACCGGGACAGGUGGCAUUGUGCAAAACUUGCUAGUGUCUGUCAGGUAUCAGGUGAGAUUGAACUGCUUUGAAGUGGUUUGGUUGAGAGCCUUUCACUCAUUUGGGGAAGGGGAGGAAACAUGUACAAACCUCAUUUUGUAGAAAAGAUUUGAAAUAUUUGUUAAUAAAUAAUAAUAUUGCGUUGAUUUCAUCAMAAAUUUGUACAAAGCUUUGCAGUAAUAUCAACGUAUUUGGACCGAUUUUAUAUUUGCUUGAUCCAGAUUGCUGUGUGUUUUCUUUAGGAAUUUAUUAGCCGGUCAUGYCAAAACUCCUCGUARUUUUAACGUUUGUUCGACGAAAACAUUCCUGUGUUUUUUAUCUGUUUGUUUGUUGUUGUUGUGAUUUUAGCCAAUACUUUSACACCGAAAAUAAAGUCCAAAAAGUCCAAAAACCCGUGAAAUAAAUGUUACACUAAUAUACCUUAGUACGCUCAAAUUCCAUUGUUUUAUUUUGUAUAUGUUUGACUAUCACACUUUCUGGUCAGGUUUUUGUUUUACGGGUUUCAAAAUGACCUCACUCUACUUUUUCAUUAGAGUGAAGUCGCAAAAGCCGUGAAAUAGAGUGAAGUCGCACAAACCGUGAAAUAGAGUGAAGUCGCAAAAACCGUGAAAUAGAGUGAAGUCGCAAAAACCGUGAAAUAGAUACUUGGUACGCUGUAAUUACACUAAUUUGUGUAUCAAUUGUAUUUAUUUAUUUUAUUUCUUUGCUUUCACCAAUAGAAUAGCGAAAAACAAAUCAAAAUGUUAAGAGAACAUAAACAAUUAAAUUGACAAGACAAAAAUGCAAGUGAUUCGUGUGGUAAUCAUAUUUUGUUUCAUGGGUUUAUUAAUGACUUCACUCUAGAUUGCAAAGUAAUGUACAAAUUGAGAUGAAAUCAAUAAAAUCGUAAAAAGUGUAAAAUAUUCAUUCGCACACGAUCACUCUAAAUAUUUAUAUUUCAUUUUAUCUAAUUUAAUAUUCCUAUCAUAGGCCUACAUAUUAAAGUUAUUCAUGGUAGACUUUGUUUGACUGAAAUAUAAAUGUCAAAAGCAAUUCCCCUUUUUGGUAAUGCWUCUGUCAAUCGAAACCACGGGUCCUCAACACUGGAGAGUGCCGGGGAAUUAACACAUUAUAACCGUGGAGUUCUAGGGUUGGGAUCUUAACGAUCCUUUGAUCUCAAAUCAAAGGAAAGGAAUUAUKUAACCGCCUUGUUUGGCCUCUAAGCGCUUGAAAAUACCCGGGACUUUGACAUUCUUGAAAUGCUAAAUCCCCCGGUAUUACCCGGGACUAGGGGACCGUGGAUUCAAUKUAAACGUUAUUUUUACUUUAUUUUUUUAAUCAAGAUCAAUUAACUGACAAAACAAAACUUUACAUUAUUUAAAGAUUUUCUUUAUUUUUGAUCUUUUUAUUUUAUGUAUUAUUAUUAUUAGUCAUUUUGUAUACAGUAAUAAUUAUAACUCGAGCAUGAGAACCUGUACUUUUCAGCCUAAAAUAGGCUCGUAUAUAAAUUACGCUACCAAAAAACUCGUAUGAAAAUUAGUUAACAUUUUUAACAAAUAUAGUUCAUCAKAAAUGUCAAGUCUCUUUAAAGGACCACGUGCACCCAAGAACCUCUGCGAUUGUUUGGUUUUUCUUACUAAUAAUCCCUUGUUGAAAGCUGCUUUCUGAUUGGUUCAAAAUCAAAGAUGGCGGAUUUUCGAAUGUGAAAAAAUUCCCUCCAAGGUGCUUGGAUGCAUGUGGAUCUUGGAGCGGUUGUCAUUAAACCAUAAAAAUUUAAUAAUAAGUGAUAUCGAUACAGCGAAAAGACACUAAAAUCAUUAAUGAAAUCCAAUUCUGCUUCAUCCGAUGCUCUUUGGAUGCAAUCCCUCUGAAUAUUGGAACCUAACCUAACAUUUUAGGAUCUUGUGUUUGGAGGGAGCGUUUAAAAAGUGCAGAUCUUAACAGGUUCUUAUUUGCUGGCCUUURCUGUACUGUAUGUUAUUAUUUCAAAAUUCGAAUUUCUAUACCAUUUGUAUGGAUUCAUUAAUAUUCAAGCUCUAGGUGGUUUCAGUUGGUUUGAAGUAGAUUGCAAAAUUGUAUAAAAACCUCUAAAAUGAAAUCUAAGUUAACCACCUCAAGAAUAACGAAGUAAAAAUUUUAUAAAUCUUUAAAGAGAAAAAUACACUUAAUAAAAAAACAAAAUUGCACUUCGAACUAUAGUCGUAGAAUUUAUAAAAUAUAGUCGUAGAAUUUAUAAAACAUAUCGAUAUUAUUACAUAUAAUUUUUCAAUAGAGAGUUGUUCAUGUGACUUAGAGACUCAACUUUUUAAACUUAUUAUUGAAAUAAUUUAUUUUAAAUAAUUUUUAACGGUCAAAAAUCCCGUGAAAUAGAUAUUACACAAAUACAACAUAAGUCAGUCUCAUGUUCCCUCUCGGACAAUAUUUUUGUCGCUCGCAGGUCCGACUUAUGUAUUUUUUUGCCAGAAAUGAUCCAUACUCCAAAAAAAAAAUUGGAAUGGGCCAAUUACGGGAAUUGUUUCAAAAAAUUAAUGAUUUUGUCCAAUCAGGGGCGAUCUUGUUCGGAGCUUGUUAAGUUGAUAAAUUAAUCUGUCAAACUUUACAAGCAAAUAGUCAAAUUUUGUUUCACGGGAUUAAUGGCUUAAUUGGACACUAUUCCGAAAUUCAAAAGGAGAUUGGGAACGAGUGUGAAAAUAUUACAUUCAUCRAAAACUGAACMUCACCACAUGAAAGAUCACACUAAAAUAAGWGUUCUUGUCAAGUUUGAGCAUAUUUGGUUGAAUACUCACCGAGUAGGAAUUUUUUCAAAUUUGUAAAAAUAAGAGAGAAUGUGUGGUUUUUGGGGACACUGCUCAAAACCUCCAUACAUUCUUUGUAAUUUUUUCGAGAAAGUCUGUAAUGAUUAAUCCGAAUACUCUCAAACUCAGCGGCUUUACUAAUUUUAGUAUGCUCUUUCUUGUCCUGGUGUCUGUUUUUUGAUUGCUUCAAACGGUAUCGAGUUUGUGACCAGUCACCAGUCCCUUUUUGAAUUUCGGAACGGGCAAUUCUAUUACUACUUUACACUUAUUAAUAUUUGCAAUAACACACUUAMUCASAUAAACCUAAAUAGAUAGUUAUUGYACCCUACUAUUUCAUCGUAAUUCAUCUCUACCUGUGAAAUGUGAAAAUAGUCACUAGGUUUAUACUUCAAAAAAAUUGGGAAAUAAUAAAAGUCAAAGAACCAGUA